GAGAUAAGUUAUAAUUUCCCGCCACAACACGAAGGAAGUUUUGAUCCAUCUUAAUAUUUUCUUCAUUCACUGUUCGGACCAAUAAUGUCUACGUUAAGGCAUGUUACUUCUCGCAUCAACGGCAGUAUGAUGCCGAAAUUUCAAGGACGAAAAGCCUGUUUACUAGGUAUUGCUCAAGGAGUUGACAGCAGCGGCUUAUCUUUUAAACUGAAAACCUGCGACGAUGUAAACGUGUCAGUGUAUUUGGCUGAACCAUUGAACGAAUACGUUGGUGGACUGACGGAGGUGUUUGGUGAAGUGAGUUCGAAUUCCAGCAUGAACUGCCAAGACUAUGUCCUCUUCACUAAGGAACAGACAGAUUCUUUUGAUAUGGAAAUGUAUAAUACUGCAGUGGAGAUGAUUAGCAAAUAUUCUGAUCAUUAUAAAGUCGGUGUGUGAACUGAAUCACGUAAAGACUCCGUGGUAUUUACUUAUUGGAGAUUUAUGAAUUUUAUUGUACCAUUAUGUAUGUGACAGAUUAUUGCUAUUAUUUACCGUGGAGGUCGACUUUACUUUUCACUGUUUUGUUAACAUUAAUAUUUGUCAGGUGCUGGGGCUGAUGUAAUCAAUUAUUUCCAUCUCCCGGCUCCACUAAAUUUGUAGCCUUGUACCUAUGCCAUAAAUAUUAUUGAAGAGGUUGGAACAGACGCCCGACAGUAUCUAGUUUCUUCAACUCACCUUUUUCUUACAAAAUAUCAAGACUCCGCUAACAAUUUUCUGAAAAAUUUUCUAUGUGAGAAUUCAUUACUUUAUUAUUAUUAUAUUGACUGGUCUUAAUUGUUGCUAUACAACAGAACCUGUAAGAAAUAAUAAUUCUAUAACUUCUA